GUGACUACCAAUGGGGAAAGCAAGUUGCAACCACUGCGCUAGAUGAGAGCGCAGGCAGGACAUCCGAACUUUUCAACUUGCCUUGACAAGGAAACAGAAUACAUGAACCAGGAGGAAGGAAGGAAGGAACGACACAAACUGUCUUUUAGCUUGCUUCACCAACAUGACAUAACCAACAAAUGCACAUUUGUGGUGAAUUGUGUUAGCUAGCUGGCUAACUUUCUAGCUAACUAAUUCAUUGCCACAUUACAAGCUAGCUAGGCUAGCCAGAUUCGUUUACGAUUAUUAACGCGCACACGGCAGCUAGCUGAUGUUACUGUCUGAAAAGGCUGGGACGUCAACAUCACACGGGAUAACGUGCGGUGUUUACUAACAUUUCGCUCGCUCAGUUACGAAUUUUGUUGUUAAUAACUAGAUGAAUUAGCUAGCUACAUACCAGACGAUAGCUAGUCCUGACAGCUAUCGUUAGCUAGCUACGUAUUCCAUGCCAUGGCAUUAGUUUUGUUUGUAAACGUUCGCCUGGUUACAUACUGUUGGUUGUGACCGUGCCAAAGAAAUAGAUGUAUUAUUGAGAGAAUCAUGGCUAAAAUAGAGAAUGGUCGCCAGUCGGCCGACUCGAGAAGUAUCAGGACCAUUAGUAGCAGUCAUAUGGACGACGAGAGCUCCCUUGGCUCAGACUCCGAGAUGAACGGCUUUACCAACGACAGGCACACUGAUAAAUAUGGAUUUAUUGGAGGGGCGCAACAGUAUUCAGAAGAAUCGGCUCAGGAUGUCCCUCCAGAGGUGCUGAGGCAGCGAGAGGUCAAGUGGCUAGACAUGCUGAGCAACUGGGACAAAUGGAUGGUCAAGAGACACAAAAAGGUGAGACUGCGGUGCCAGAAAGGAAUCCCUCCCUCACUGCGAGGCCGUGCUUGGCUCUACCUGUCAGGAGGAAAAGUGAAGAGGGAACAGAACCGGGGGAAGUUCGAGGAGCUGGACAGUCAGGCUGGAGACCCAAAAGAGCUGGAUGUGAUUGAGAAAGACCUGCACAGACAGUUCCCCUUCCAUGAGAUGUUUGUAUCACGAGGGGGCCACGGACAGAAGGACCUGUUCCGUGUUCUGAAGGCUUACACGCUGUACAGGCCAGAGGAGGGCUACUGUCAAGCCCAGGCCCCCAUUGCUGCUGUGCUGCUCAUGCACAUGCCUGCUGAGGAUGCAUUCUGGGGGCUGGUCCAAAUUUGUGAGAAGUACCUCCCUGGAUACUACAGUGCAGGGCUGGAGGCCAUCCAGUUGGAUGGAGAGAUCCUGUAUGCUUUGACGCGGCGUGUCUCCCCCAUAACCUACCGCCACCUGGAGAAACAUAAAAUAGAGCCCAUUCUCUACAUGACAGAGUGGUUCAUGUGUGCCUUCUCCCGCACCCUGCCCUGGGCCUCAGUUCUCCGUGUCUGGGACAUGUUCCUCUGUGACGGUGUGAAGAUAAUUUUCCGGGUGGGCCUGGUGCUGCUGAAGUGCAUGCUGGGUACCCGUGAGAAGCUGAAUGCGUGUCAGGGCCAGUAUGAGACCAUGGAGCUGCUGAGGGCCAUAGAGCCACGCUACAUGCAGGAGGGCUUCCUCGUCAGGGAGGUUCUGGAUGUGCCCAUCUCAGAGCGGGACGUUGAGAGUGAGCACCAUGUUCAGCUGAAGCGCUGGAGGAAGAACCGCGGUGAGCUGCACUGGAAGUCUCCUCCCAGAAUGCACGGUGCCAGGGCUAUCAUGGCUUCGGAGCCUCCCAGUCGCCAGGACCUUCGUCAGAACCCCACCAUCAUUGUCGAGUCGCCCCUGCCUGCCCCUCAGCUGCAGAAGGGAGAGAAGAAGGGCAAAGAGGAGAAGAAGAGCAUUAAGAAAACCCCUCCUCCUGUCACAGAGAUCCUCAACCCUUAUAAUUUACCUGGUGACCCUAAGCUUCCACUCAGAGAUCCUCAGCUUCCACUCAGAGAUCCUCAGCUUCCACUCAGAGAUCCUCAGCUUCCACUCAGAGAUCCUCAGCUUCCACUCAGAGAUCCUCAGCUUCCACUCAGAGAUCCUCAGCCUACUCUGAGAGACUCACCAGCACAGAAGCCCCUCGUCAAUGACACACCCCUCCCAAACACACUUAAAGACUCUCACCUACCCCAACAACCAGCCCUUAAUGACCAACCAGUUUUUAACGACCAGUCUCUUCUCAAAGAGUCGCCCCUCCAGAUGUCCAGACAGAGCCUGAGUAGCACAGAGGCAGAUCAUCAGGACACAUACCUGUAGCUCUUGCUGUGGGCAGAAGGUGGAACUGCAUGUGUGAAACUGGGCCUGAUGGUGAGUGAGAGAAGAACUGGAACAACCCCUGUUUUAUCCUGGACAGUUCUCAUUCACUCGCUCACUCACUCUCAGGCCCUCUGCAUGCCAACCAAGCCCUCUGUCUCUUUAUCAGGCACUAGCACAGCUCAGCCAUAUACCAGCAACUGGGUGUACCAUGGCUAAUGUCACUGCAGCCCAACUAUGAGCGACAAUUGUAUAUUUUUCAUAUAAUUUUUAUUCUGCCUGCUUUUAAGACACCGUAUUGCCUAGAGCAAGCACACAGUCAGCAGCAUACACUAAUGCAUCACUGCCAAGUGUUAUAAUACUUUCAUCCUUAUGUUACCUCUUCAUGCUUCUUCACUCUGACUGUUAGUGAUGUGCAAGGGAGAUACUGUUCUUUGUGCAACGGACAUGCUAUUGAUUUAUUGGUUGUGUAGUUGUAUACAUAAAACAAUCAUCACCUAAUAGACUAUCUGAUUCUAGGGUUUAACAAGAGAUUUGAUUAAAUCAAACUGCCUUCAUUCGCACAAAAUGGGAGUGUUUAUAAAAAAUAUAUAUAUAUAUAUUCAUUCAAAGCUCCCAACCACCUGUGGUUUGUAGGUAAUAGAAAUUGGAAAUAUUAACUUUUUUUAAAACUAAGCUAUACUACUAUUGAUACUUUUUAAAUUUAAUAUAAACACUUGUCAUUUCAUUUUGAUUAAUGCUUAAGAAAGACCUGGGUAAAUAUUGUUUCAAGUCAGGUUGGUUGAGUCAAAUUCCCAGUUGGCCUUAUCGAUAAGUAAAGAGCUUCCAUCCUUCACCACCAGAGAGCAGUCUUGGUGUGUUUUCCUGUAUAUUCUGUUAUCCCAGCUGCUAACUUCCCCUUCCUAAAAAGGAACUCCGAGCACUCUUGUCUCGAAUUUACACUCAUCACAUGUCAAUUCCAUACUUUCAAAGGAACUUGCAAGCUUGUUUUACUAUACAGUAAAAGGUGACAUAUGACAUGUGCCUUGUACAACUUGUGUAUAAAUCUUCGACCCCUGUGGCUAUCUAUUGUCCCUGCCAGGUGGUAAUGGACCUGAUGUCUAGAGACCAGACACAAAGCCUCCCUGUGCCAGGCAAUUCCAGUUACUAUGUAGCAUUUAACUCAUGUAAGGUAUGCAAGAAGGAGAGAGGACUGGACAUUCCUCACAAUGAUUUGACACAUUCCUGCCCUUGGGUUUCUUAAAAGCCUAUAUGUCUUGUAUGUCUUGCAUGCUACAUGUACAGUAUUCAUGCAUGUUCAUAUUUCAUAGCAGUUAGCUGGAUUGUUCCACCAAUUCGGUGCCUUUUGAAAGUGUAACUUGGUCAACCUAAUUUGAUUUCACCUAAUUUUAACAUUGUCAUUAAAAGCACUUUUUUUUCUUUUUUCACUUUUACCCUCUCGAGGUUAAAUAAUAAUAAUAAAAAGACUAAGUGCCAAAUAAAGUAACAAGGUUGACUGUAACAAGGUUGGUGAUUUAAUCUUAAAUACCCUUGUGAAUCUUCAAAAUUACUUUGUCAAAGCAACAAAAUAACUUUACAAUGAUGGUGAAAAUGUUAGGGUUCAGUUGGUUAAAAAUCUUCCUAGAAGUCAGACGGUGCACGGAGGAGCAUGUUAAAAUGCUGAAUUUAUUUAAUUAUCUAUGUGGUCUUUAUUAAAGGGCACUUCAUUUAAUAUAACACACUGUUAAAAUUCAAUAUUGGUGCACAAUUUCUACUUAAAAUAUCAAUGGGACGCAAAAGGCACUCUUUGUGGAACGGCCCGGCUGUAUAGUGCUAACCUCUGCUCCUCUGCACAGGUGCUGGGUGAUGUGGACCUUGCAGGCUAGAUACUUUUGUGUAUAUAUAGUGUUUGUGGACGUGUGUGGAUUCGGACAUUUCAACCACAUCCGUUGCUGACAGGUGUAUAAAAUUGAGCACACAGCCAUGCACUCUCCAAAGACAUACAUUGGCAGCAGAAUGGCCUUACUGAAGAGCUCAGUGACUUUCAAUAUGGCGCCGUCAUGGGAAGCCACCUUUCCAACUAGUUAGUUGGUCAAAUUUCUGCCCUGCUCGAGCUGCCCUGGUCAACUGUAAGUGCUGUUAUUGUGAAGUGGAAAUGUCUAGGAGCAACAACUGCUCAGCCAUGAAGUGGUAGGCCACACAAGCUCACAGGACGGGACUGCUAAAGCAUGUAGCGCGUAAAAAUCGUCUGUCCUCGGUUGCAACACUCACUACUGAGUUCCAAACUACCUCUGGAAGCAACGUCAGCACAAGAAUGAUUCGUCAGGAGCUUCAGGGUUUCCACAGCCGCACAAGUCUAAGGUCACCAUUCUCAAUGCCAAGCCUCUCCUGGAGUGGUGUAAAGCUCACCGCCAUUAGACUCUGGAGCAGUGGAAACGCAUUCUCUGGAGGGAUGAAUCACGCUUCACCAUCUGGCAGUCAAACAGACGAAUCUGGGUUUGGCGGAUGCCAGGAGAACGCUACCUACCCCAAUGCAUAGUGCCAACUGUAAAGUUUGGUGGAGGAGGAAUAAUGAUCUGGUGCUGUUUUUCAUGAUUGGGACUAGGCCCCUUAGUUCCAGUGAAGGGAAAUCUUAACGGAACAUUCUAGACAAUUCUUUGCUUCCAACUUUGUGGCAACAGUUUGAGGAAGGCUUCCUGUUUCAGAAUGGCAGUGCCCCUUGCACAAAGUGAGGUCCAUACAAAAAUGGUUUGUCGAGAUCGGUGUGGAAGAACUUGACUGACCUGUACAGAGCUCUGACCUCAACCCCAUCGAACACCUUUGAGACUAAUUGGAAUGCCGACUGCGAGCCAGGUCUAAUCGCCCAACAGCAGUGCCCGACCUCACUUAUGCUCUUGUGGCAGAAUGGAAGCAAGUCCGUGCAGUAAUGUUCCAACAUCUAGUGGAAAGCCUUCCCAGAAGAGUGGAAGAUGUUAUAGCAGCAAAGGGGGGACCAACUCCAUAUUCAUGCCUGUGAUUUUGUAAUGAAAUGUUUGAGGAUCAGGUGUCCACAUACUUUUGGUCAUUUUGUGUGGCUCUGUAAAGACAUGGAUCAGCUUAUUGCUACACUGAGUGACAGGUCCAGAUAUAUGGUGAUCAAAACCAAAUAACAAUGUGAUAAGGAUCAUUGGAUUGAUCCAUUGCCUGUUACUAUGGAUGCUUAGCCUUACUUGUUGCAUACCGGCGAAGGGAAUACUUUUGGGAUAUCUUGGAGUUUUCAUCUUUUGGGAUAACGUUGAAGCCUUUCCAUUUAAAAAUGUUAUAUUCAUUUGGGAAAAUCAUGAGGCCUGUUGGGAUAAAGAUCAGGCCUUUGCUUUGGGAAAAUAAUGGACAGUCUGUUGACCAAAGCCUUUUUGGUGAUUCAAGUUUAGAGGCAACUCAAGGUUUGCAGUCAGAUGUGUCAAAGGUUUUUAACUAUUAUGUUGUAGGCACUAUAGGAAAUUAUUCAGUAGAGAUUAAGACGUAAUCGACGACACUUAUUAUUGCUACAAUAUAUCAUUCCACUGAAUGCUGCAUGUUUGUUGUACAGGUCAUCUCUAAGACCUCACUAAAAAGCAAUAAAAGGUGAAUGGAGGUCAAGUAAACAAAAACAUAUUUGAUUUUUUAUUUAACCUGGCAAGACCGUUAAGAACAAAUUCUUAUUUACAAUGACGGCUUAACCCGGAUGACGCUAGGCCAAUUGUGCGCUGCCAUAUGGGACUCCCAAUCAUGGCCGGUUGUGAUACAGCCUGGAAUCGAACCAGGGUCUAUAGUGAGGCCUCUAGCACUGAGAUGCAGUGCUUAGAACACUGCGCCACUCGGGAGCCACAUAGCCUUUCUCCACCCAAGUGUAUAGUGGCCUGUAUCACAUAUUUCCCAUUUUGUAGCUAUUCUAGUUUAAUUUAAUGCUUAAAAUGUGUAUAUAAGACUAAUUUGUAAAAUGUCUUCUAAUUUGUAAAA